AAAAUUACAAGUUUUUGGUUGUUGUCUGUUUCUUUCUUUGUGUAUAUUUUAGUAUACUUUUUAUGCAAUUGGUCAUUAUACCCCCCACGUUUUGACAAGUUUUGGUGGGGGAAUGAGCCAUUCUUACAUCUCUUCCCCCCCCCCCCCACACUUUUAAGCUUCUUGACAGCAGCUAAACAAAUCAUCAUGUCUCUCCGUUACUCCAUUAGUUACUAACAAACGUUGACAUUGUCUAUUGCCCAUACAUGUUUUUACCGAUUUCAAUCAAACUUUGUCAAAAGUAUCUGUAGCCCAACCCCAACAUGUCACAUGGGGUUACUGGGGUAAAAAAUGUGACAUUUUUUGUUAACUCACUACUCAUUCCUGAAAUUACAUGGCACAGUCACGUGACUCGUGCAUGAAUACGAUUUCGCUGGCCCGCAGCUUCUGAGAUUCCAAUCGAGCUUGUUCUUAGUGAGAAAAAGAAAAUGUGGAUUUUGAGGUAUAUUUUCGAACUAUCCAUAGUACUUGGUAGAGUAAUCCCAUUGCAGCCCAAGUUGGGCUAAACUGUGAUGUUGUGCAGAGGUGACGUAAACAGCCAGAUGGAUAAGGUGCCAAAAGUGAAAACAAAAAAAAGGGGGGAAAAAUGAUGUUCUUUUUACAGAUGAAAGAGAUUAAACAAAAUGACAGGACAAUAUUGCCAUUCAGAGGUUGCAUGACUCUGAUGGCAGGGAUGGCUGGUGUUUGGAAGGCCUGUAUGGAUGGGGCUAUGGGUAGAACGGCAGAGGGUGGAAGCCUGUUCCAAACUGACAUAGUCCUUGGGAAAAAGGCGUAAUUGUAUGCAUUGAUAGUUGGUAUGAUUAGAGAGGUGUAUUUGAGUGGAUGAUUGAUACCUUGUUAAAUAUGUGUAGCAUGCUAGCAGCACUGUGGGAAUGUACUAUUGACUAGGUUGUGGUGGAUGUUAUAGUACAGAGUGCGCUGUUCAGUUUGAAGUAGAUCCCAGUUUAGUUGUUCUAUGAGCAGUGAGAUGUGAGUUGUUGUUCGGUAGUCAGAAAAGACAAAUCUGGCAGUAUUCUUUUGGAUCUGCUCAAGGUGCUUUUUACCAGUAAUUAAUUGGAGUUCCAAACUUCACAUGUUAGCUUGAUUUGUGGACGAACUAAUGUUGUAUAGGCUCUUGCCUUAACCUGUUGUGAGCAAGGCGAUAAAGUUUUUCAAAAGAGACCUGUUGUACGGCUUGCUUUAUGUUUAAUUUUGGAACAACGGUCUUUCCAUCUCAAGUCGUGUGAAAUUGUAAUACCCAGGUAGUCAUGUUUUUGGACACAGGUUAAUUGCUCACCCAUGAGAGUGUACCGGUACAUCUUUGGGCUGUGUUUGCGGGUGAUGGUAAGAACUGUGCAUUUUUUUUAUGUUAACCCCUUGUUUGACCACUAUACAAGGGUAUUCAGAUCGUCCUGCAGAAUCUGUUGAUCAUCUGCUGUCUUUAUCUCCCUGUACACAAUACUGUCAUCUGCAAAGAGUUUGAUAUUUGAUUGAAUGUGUUCAUUUAUGUCAUUAAUAUAUAAGAGAAAUAGCAUGGGUCCUAAGUCUGAUCCUUGAAGAGUGUGUUCCAUUGACAGAAACGGCUUGUUUACAAUGUGAAAGAAAACUAUUUAUCCAGCCUGGAGUGUUGUGUGUAACGCCAUAGUAUUGCAACUUCACUGCUAAAAGCUGAUGGGAGAUGUUUUUUAAGGCCUUGCUAAAAUCAAGGAGUAGGCCUAUGACAUCAGUUUGACCUUUACAAUGGAGUGUUUCAGACCAGUCAUUUUUAUUGAAUUUACCAGUUGUGUAACCGUUGAUAGGCGGUCCCUAAAUCCAUGCUGUUCGUCAAUCAGAAUAUUAUUUGAAAUAAGGUAUUUUGCUGCAUGACUCAGUAUGAUAUGCUCCAUCACUUUACAACAGGUACUUGUCAAUGAGAUAAGUCUAUAGUUACAUGCUUCAGCUUUUGGUCCGCUCUUGUGGAUUGCUGUCACCAUAGCCUGUGGCCACUCAGUUGGUACUGUAUUUUUGUCACAUGACUGUAAUUAAGAAUCUCAGAGCUGGAGCCAACUCAUGAGCAACGUUCUUAAGAAGACGUGGAGACAUUUCAUCAGGACCAGCUGCCUUAGAUGGGUUGAGCUUGGUGAGUUGUUUGGCCACACCCUCUAUGCUGAUGUGGAGGUAUGAAAUAGCUUGUAUGGUGACUUCCCCUUGCUCUGUUGGUUUCCCAACCUUGUUGGUUUGUUAAAGACACUCUUAAAGUGUGAGUUUAAUGCCUCAGCAUUGUCUAAGUCUGAGCUCCACACUUUGUUGUCAGAUUGCAGACCGGGGUUGGUUUUCAGUUCGCAUGAGCUUAGCAUAGGACCAAAAAGACAUGUGGUUUUCAGGUAAGUUAUUACCAAUGACAUUGUUGACAUAGGAACUUCUCACAAGUUUGGUGACAUAAUUACAAUAUGAAUGAUAUGUCAUUUCCAAUCUGUUUGAUUGUUUGAUUUGUGGGCUUUAGAGAAUAAUUUAUCCCUGUUCCCUAUUUUUGCAUUUGACAUCUAUUGUUAUCCAUGGCAGAUUUUGUUUACUUUUUGAUUGUUUUGAUGCGACGCAAUUUCAGACAAUGUGGUUUUGAUGCACUCGCAGUUGGUGUCCACUGACUCAUUAGUCGGGUCUAACAUGAGAAACUCAGCCUCAAAGUCCUGCACUUUGGAUCUCAGUACAUGGGUAUUGGCUUUGUUCAUUCAUGCUGAUGUGGCAGGGCCAAAUUUAUCUUGUAUAUUUUUCAUGUAUGUAAUGUAUAGUGUAUUGAAUAGGAGUAGCUCCCCUUAGAAAAGAAGACCAUUUCAGUUUCACUUAAGAUUCCCCCCCCCUUUGUUGGUAGUGUUUCCCCCUGUUUGUUUACUUAAGCCCACAUGUUCCCCCUAUAAAAGCUGCCACAUGGUCAAGCCACACUUCAGUUCAACUAGCAGACCAACAGAGACAACUUCAUAGUAUACCGGUAUCUUAUGUUCCUCCUAACUGGAGUGGUGUGUCCUGUUUGAGCUCUGUCUGCUCGAGUCAUUUGAUUUUAUUCCUGCUUGAGUGUUCUUUGAAAGAUCCACUAUUCACACUGUGUUGGUUUUUGGUUUUAGUCUUUGGUUUUUAGGUUUUAUUCUUUGCUUUAGUUUCUGGUUUUUGGUUUAAGGUUCUUGUGAAUAAAUUCUUUUUGGUCCUUUUUUUGUUCGAAAUCUAGAAUUCGUCUCUGGUCUCUAUUAAUUCAAUUUCCUUGUGACUUUUCCCUUCAAAGAUCCUGAGUUUAGUUUAAUUUUGUUAGUUAAUCCCCAUAGAGUCUUAGUUUGUGCGAGUUCCCCCAAGUGUGUCAUUUUUCACGGUUACAUUUUUUUACUGUUUUUGGUGGAGAAUCCGGGUAGGGAAUACGUUUUUUUUUAGAAGUUAGCCAGGAAUUGUUUUAAUAUGGACUAGUCAUUUUUUUCAAAGUUUUUUUUCUGUCAUUAGCGGUCUUUAACUAGCUAGUCAAACCAACACAGUGUUGUUUUGGUGGAUCUGACGAAUUCACGAUGGCAGAUGUCUUGACUCCGCUUCAGUUGUGUGGAUUUGACCCACUGCCUGACGGUCACAAUCAAGUCAGAGAAAAUGAACCGACUGAUGUCAACCCACAGUCAACUAUUUUGGGACUGCUGCAACUUCAAGCCAGUAUGCAGCAAGUCAUCCUGCAACAGUUCCAGGAAAUCAACGCACUGAAGGCAACGAUCUCUCAAGUGAUUGGUGAACAGCAACGGCAGAGAGACUAUGUUUACAGGCUGGAGUGUGCCCUGCACCACUCCAAAGUAGUUGCAGAAGCCUCACCGGUUCCAGAAAUCCCCACCCCACCGUCAACUGCAGAUGCCCCCAAACCCCAAGUCCCCACCGAAGAGCAAGAGCCCCAGAGUCCCGAAGCCCAAGAAGUCCCCCAAAGAUGCACAGAAGCAGUCCCUGCCAAUACCCCAACCAGUGGCCAGGCAAGCCAUGAUGGUGAUGAAGGCUUGGCGGGAGGCCAAAGUCUACGAGAAGUCCAGCGCAGAGAUCUGGCCAUACGGCGAGUGGUUGAUCUGAAGCUGGGAAAUCCUCAGCGGAUGAGUAGGCAGAAGAUGGCAUGUGAGCCCAAGAUGGUGCAGAGGCUGCUACAUGCAUGGGACCGACUGGAAGUCAAGGGAGGCCUGCUCCUCUACAGGACGGGAGGUACGCAGACCAAGUGUUUGAUGGUGGUUCCCCGCGGGAUGAGGGAAGCAUAUUCUUUAGUCUUCAUCACAGCAUGGAAACACUGGGUUACGGACAAGUGUUGAAGCUCGUGCGUCGCCGCUACUUUUGGCCGAGUCUUCAAAACGAGACUAUGAGCUACAUGCAACAGCACCGAAGGAGAGCGCAGCAUCAGGAGGUCCACACUAUCCCACCACCUCAUUAGUUUGACACCUCAUCCCGUGACAGCAGUUAAAUUAUUCCAGACAAAAGGCAGUGACUGAUAGAUUUGUUGUGUAUUGUAUCGUGUAUUUUUGCAUUUGUUUGUUUAUUUUUAUCAUGUCUUAAUUGUAUUAAGUUUUUUUCCGCCAUUGCUGGCGACAGCAAUAUUUUAAGAUGGCGUGAGUGUGGCAGGGCCAAAUUUAUCUUGUAUAUUUUUCAUGUAUGUAAUGUAUAGUGUAUUGAAUAGGAGUAGCUCCCCUUAGAAAAGAAGACCAUUUCAGUUUCACUUAAGAUUCCCCCCCCCUUUGUUGGUAGUGUUUCCCCCUGUUUGUUUACUUAAGCCCACAUGUUCCCCCUAUAAAAGCUGCCACAUGGUCAAGCCACACUUCAGUUCAACUAGCAGACCAACAGAGACAACUUCAUAGUAUACCGGUAUCUUAUGUUCCUCCUAACUGGAGUGGUGUGUCCUGUUUGAGCUCUGUCUGCUCGAGUCAUUUGGUGAGUUUUCUUUUGUAUUUUGUCUACUUUUCAUUUAUCAUGUAUAAUUAUUAUUAGAAAUAUAGUUCAGUUUUCUUUUGAAAGUUUGUUAGCUUUCAAUUGACUCUGGUCAGUUUAGAUCUUUGAGGAAGCUCCAGUUUGAAGUAUUCUUUUACAACUUUUUAUUUCAUUUUGUUUCCAUUUAUUAUUUUACUUAAGACACUAGUGUUUUUUACUUCUUUUCAUGAUGAUUGAUUUGUUCCUACUGUAAUAAGGAAGCUUUGGUCUUUUCAAUGGAACCGGUCUCUUUUGAGUUCUUUUGAGAAAA